GACCCUGUGGUUGCCGUGGUUACGGCCGGUUCCGGUUCCGGCCUCGGCUUCGGCCUUGUGGAUGCCUUGGUGAAGGCCGGUUCUCGUUCCGGUUCCGGCUGAGCGCGUGCUGUUGGAGAUGCGGCCACUGACGGAGGAGGAGACCAGGCUCCUGUUUGAGAAACUGGCCAAAUAUAUUGGAGAGAAUAUUAAGUUACUAGUGGAUCGUCCAGAUGGAACCUAUUGCUUCCGUUUACACAAGGAUCGUGUUUAUUACGUCAGUGAGAAAAUCCUGAAAUUGGCAACAAAUAUCUCUCGAGAUAAACUUGUUUCGUUGGGAACCUGCUUUGGAAAAUUCACCAAAACUUUAAAAUUUCGACUUCACAUUACAGCGCUCGACUAUCUUGCUCCUUAUGCUAAGUACAAAGUGUGGGUAAAACCUGGAACAGAACAAUCUUUCCUAUACGGAAACCAUAUAUUGAAAUCUGGUUUGGGUCGAAUUACAGAAAACACUGCACAAUACCAAGGUGUAGUGGUAUAUUCCAUGGCUGACAUUCCACUGGGCUUUGGAGUUGCUGCAAAGUCGACCCAGGAUUGCCGGAAAGUGGACCCCAUGGCAAUUGUUGUAUUUCACCAGGCUGAUGUUGGCGAGUAUAUUCGGAAUGAGGACACGCUCACAUAACUCAUCUUGCUAAUCACAUAAAGACACUUGUUCUCAAGCUGAGAAGAUUAUCAACAACGGUCACUCUUUACUAACCAGGUUCCUCUGGCAUCCUCAGAAGGAAAUGCACAACAACCAAUUUUGAUGGAGAAAUGAAGUGAUUUCAACUAACUUUCAUCUGAAUUACUAACAUGUAAUAGCAACGUGCUUCCAAGUUAGUAUCUUUCGUAAACCAAGCAGGUUAUUAGUUCAGAAUUGUUAACAAUUGUACACAGGAGCACUUUCUUUUGGAAAAUGUUACUGGUGAUUGAGCUUCCAAUUUUUGGCCUUUUUACUUGUUUGGUUAUAAAUAAUAUUGAAAUUUCAGAUAAUGGAGUAAUUUGAAAACCCUAAAAUCCAAUUUGUUAAAAAGUGAGAUACAAGAUAGAGUUGUCCUAGGCAUCUGGACAUGUAUAUGUACACAUGUGGUUCAUUUGUAGCUAAGUGGCAUGUUUUAAUUGGAAAGCAUUGAAAAUCAUUUUGUUAUAUUUGAAUAAAUGUAAUUAAAGAGACUGUUUUCACUC